AUGGGCAGCGGCGGCUCGGCGCGGCCGGCGUCGGCCGAGGGCCCCGGGGGCGCGGAGCAGCGUCUGGAGGUGCGCGGCGGGCGGCUGCCGGCGGCGCUGUGGGCGCAGCGCGGGCUCAUCAAGCUGUACCUGAGCGGCGCGGGGCUGCGGGAGCUGCCGGCCGAGCUGGCGGCGCUGCGGCACCUCCGCACGCUGGCCCUGGACGGCAACGAGCUGCUGGAGGUGCCCGAGGCGCUGUGCCGCCUGCCCAGCCUGGCGCACCUCUACCUGGGCCGCAACGGGCUGCGGGGGCUGCCGCCCGCCUUCGCCCGCCUGCAGAGCCUGCGCUGCCUCUGGCUGGAGGGCAACGCCGUGGCACGCUUCCCCCGCGCCCUGCUGCGCCUGCCCGGCCUGCGCAGCCUGCAGCUGGGCGACAACCGCCUGGCGCGCCUGCCCGCCGCGCUGCCCCGCAUGGCCGGCCUGCGCGGGCUCUGGCUCUACGGCAACCGCUUCGAGGAGUUCCCCCAGGCCCUGCUGUGCAUGGGCCAGCUCCGCGUCCUCGACCUGGACCGCAACCGCAUCGCCCGCUUCCCCGACCUGGCCGGCCUGGCCGGCCUGCGCCUGCUCUCCUACGACCACAACCCCGUGCGGCAGCCGCCCCGCGUGGCCGACGCCGUGCGGCUGGUGGGCGACGGGGCGCAGGAGUACAUGGAGGAGCGGGAGGAGCGCCUGAAGGGCCUCCGGUGCCAGGAUGAUAAGGAGGAGGAGGAGGAGGAAGGCGUCGAGGCCUCCCCGGUGGCCCCUGGGGACGGCUCCCCGCUGCUGGGGGACGCGGAGGGCGACGCCGCGGCCCUGCCGGACUCCCCGGGGGAGACGUGAGGCGCUGCGCCGCAGCUGGGACUGCAAAGAGCCGCCACCUGGACACACAGGGCUCGUGGCUUGCAUCUGCAAGUCCACCGUAGAGCACCCUGCGUAAGCAUGGGGCUCCAGCAUCGGACAAGGGAAGCCUCCCUCCACCUGACAGGUGGCCCUGCAGACCCCGCUCGCCCACGGGACAGGCAGCCAGGCAUCCCUGAGAAGCCAGUGUCCCAGGAGCACAGCUCUGGUGACUUUCCUACAACGAGCUGCAGGUGCCUCACCGCCUCCAUGGGUGCCUUUUGCUCCUGGCUCCAUGGGGCAAGACAGAAAGGAGCAACGCUGUUUGCGUCUUGGCAUGCAGACCCCGUUGCCCCGAAGAGCGUCAAGGAUUGAGACAAACGCACAAACCUCUUCUGCACCC